AUGGCCUCGUCUCAGUGUCUGGACGACUCUCCUCUUGUGUUUACAGCGUCCAAAGCUGAUGCUGAAGACUUACAGGACGUGUACAAUGAGAGACACAGGCUCGCACUAGAAGAACUGCUGUCCGGGGGGCUGGAUCGCUUCUUGGAUUUUCUCAGAAAGGAGAGAAUCCCAAACUUCCUUUCAGACGAAGAAAUCGAGCGCGUGAGGCGCGCGUGUGUGGCCCCUCGGUGCGCAUCGGUGAACGGCGACGACCUACACCUAGAGACGACCGUGAACAGCUCUGUGGACUGCUCCUCGGUCACGUAUUUCCCCGAAGUGUCUGACGUAGAGCCGCCGGUGCUGGAGCUCGGAUGGCCAGCCUUCACCGCGGGAUCAUACCGCGGGGUGACGAGGGCCGUGGCGCAUUUCCAGCCCAGUUAUGGACAGUCCAUUUACAGCUGCAAAGAAGCGGCCCGACGCAUGAUCCGCAGUGCCAGAGAGGUGAUCGCAAUAGUUACAGACUCUCUUACGGACCUGGACAUCUUUAAGGAUCUCAAGGAAGCCUGCUGUAACCGUAAAGUCCCGGUGUACCUCCUCCUUGACCAACCCAGUGCCUCUGCCUUUUUGAAGAUGUGCCGAAAUUUGGGCGUUAACUUGGAGAAUCUUCGGCAAAUGAGAGUGAGAACCAUCACUGGCACCACUUAUUACACGAGAUCAGGAGCGCGGAUUACAGGCCAGGUUCAUGAGAGAUUUAUGCUGAUUGAUGGAAACAGAGUGGCUACAGGUUCAUACAGAUUCAACUGGACUGAUGGCAAACUUAACAGCAGCAACCUGGUAGAGCUUUCUGGUCAGAUAUCUGAGAAAUUCGAUGAAGAGUUUCGAAUCCUCUAUGCCCAGUCCUCACCACUGAAUGCCCACAGACCCCCAAGUGUUCGAAACAGUGGCAUCUUUGAUCAUAACUUCUUAAAACCAGUUGUGCCGUCAUCACCUUUUACGCCAAAGGAGAGACUUGCAGAGCAUUUGUGCGUUACGAGCACUCCAACACGCACACCGCACAAGCCUCUGGUCCAGUCUACAGCUCAGCCAAUUGCCGAGGUGAGUCGAAAGGCAAGCCUGGACUCAAACGCAUCUACUUUAAUUGAGAACGUGGAGAAUGAAGAGAUCCUGGCUGGUUGCACCAAAAUAGUGAGUCAUGACACUGAGCCCUGCCACGCUACUACCCAGACCAGCUUCUUGUACAAAGACAAAGAUGUUCACACAAGUAACCAAAUCCAGAGCAAAACUCCAACCAAGGAACUCCUCAACCAUGAAGCCAAAGACAAAGAGUUAAAAGAAUGCUUCUAUAAAUUGGCCAAGGAGCGCCAGUGUCACUACACAGCCAUCCGCAACAAGCUGGAGCAUAUAGUGGAGGCAAUGUCCCAGAGGCGAGAGCUCAUCGACAUCUCCAACCUGACUCGAGAUCCAGAUGCUCACUGUGAGCAAAGGAUGGGGCCCGACAUGAGAAUACUUACAGAGAAUGCAUGUAUGGGGACAUGGCCUAGAGCGAGAAUGUGUUCACUAGACAGUCCCCCAUGUUGAAAGGGAAAGUAGUAGCAACACUGUUAAAUGUAAAUGACACAGUAAAAUCUACUAUGCACUACUCACAGCGAGUGCCUAAAUAAAGGCUAGAAAUAACUAUGCAAAAUGCUGGGCAAAAGAAAGCAAGAGUGAUGCAUUUACCUGCAAUCAUCUCAUCUCUGUUUAUUGUAAGAAAAACACUGCCUGGCCAAAAAAAAAGUCGCCACCUGGAUUUAACUAAGCAAAUAGGUACGAGCCUCCUGCAGUUGGUCAGGUCUAGGUUCAGCAACAGUCUGUGCUUAAAGAAUGAGGUCAGCUGACACCUGAAUAUACUGAAUGACCAGGUUUAUUCCAUCAAUUAAUUUUUUUCUUCCCCUGAUGACACGGGCAUAUUCCAAGAUGACAAUGCCAGGAUUCAUCGGGCUCAAAUUGUGACAGAGUGGUUCAGGAGCAUGAGACUUCAUUUUCACACAUGGAUUGUCCACCACAGAGUCCAGACCUUAACCCCAUUGAGAAUCUUUGGGAUGUGCUGGAGAAGCUUUGUGCAGCGGUCAGACUUUACCAUCAUCAAUGCAACAUCUUGGUGAAAAAUUGUGACAUUGCAGAAGCGAAAUCAAAACAAUGCCACAGGGAAUACGAAAAUAAAUAUUAGAGUGCAAUCUUUUUUUUUUUUUUCUUUUUGGUGGUGACUUUUUUAUUGGCCAGGCAGUGUUUGUACAUUUAUGUAGCGGUAGAAGGGGCUGCUUUAGAAGAAUUAUUAAAUGUGAUUACAAAAUAUGCUUUUAAGGGUCCAUAGCUGCCUAAUAUUUUGACAAAUCGAUAUUGGUGUCCUUAGAAACGUCCACAUGUGCUGUUAAAUAUACUGUAAAAGGUUUGCAACACUAAAGCACAUUUCGUUUAGGUCUUGAUUUUCAACGGUGCCUUUUAUAUUUUGUUGUGUGUGUAUGUAAGAACUGAUUUUUGGGGUAACAAAAUUGUAAUUAACACUAACAUUGUGCACAUUUUUAUGCAAAUGAUUUUGAAUGUAUUUUGGGGAUUAUACAUUGUACUACUGUAUAAAUUGAAGAACUGUUAAUAAAAUAGCAGGUUUUCAUUUAAACCUCAUUUUCUGCUGUAACUGCCUCUGAGCAUCCUUCCAAAGAGCAGCUGGCUCUCACUGUGCCUUGCUAAUAAAAGUAGUGUUUCCUUUUGA